AUGCCCAUGAGUGCUCUCACUCCAACGGUGCAGAGGCACCUUGUGGUCCACGCCGAACACAAUCACCCACGGCAGUAUCCUUACCUUCUCAAGAAGAUACAAGAGGCUAAGGACCAGAAUAAGCCGGAGGAUUACGAAAUGUUCACCGAAAUGCUCCGCCAGCUGGUGGUUAAGAUGGUGCACGACUACUGGAACCGAAGGCGCAGACGUCUCUUCACCUCACCGGAGAAGGAUCCAAAGAUGGCAGAACGGCUAUCGUCAACAGUGGUGCCACCGAAGACACAAGUGCCUCCGGAGCCCGAGCCGAUGGACACAUCCCCGUCAGGGCCAGUUGUGGCUACGCCACAAGCUGAGCCAGUGCAGGCGGGGCCAUCGAAGGCCACUCCGACACCAAAAGCACCAGCGGACCAGAUCCAACCAGGGACGAGCCAAAUGGCUGUUGUCCCAACAACCUUGUCAACUAUGCCAGCCAACGUGGACGACAUACCCGCGGAAACAUCACAGGCCGCACCGAACCCGGAAGCCGAAAGGAACCGCCAGAAGAAACAAGAGGACAAAGACAAGAAGAGUCGUGAGGCCAAGAUAGCCCAGCUGGAAAACCGGCUGUCAGGCGACAACGAUGUCCAGGUCCUAUCGGGCAGCCCGGACAAACCAGGCCCCUCACAACCCUUAGGCGAUCCAAGGCCAUUACCUCCCCUCCCAUCACCAUAUAGGGAGGAAGACAUCGAACCAGUCCCAGAAGGGGACCCACCCUCCGAGGAAGUCAUGCUCCCAUCACCUUGGGACGACGAAGCCGAACUUCCCGACCCAGGACCAGAAGCCACUUACAUCGAAAUCCUAGCGUGUUACGCCGACCAAUGGGUGGCAGCGGCCAGGAUAUUGAGAAGCGAAUCGGGCCGAGACCCUUACCAGUUUCUCGUCAGCGUUCUACGCGCCCGCAUGGCAUUCGGACAAGAAUUUAGAGGACUUCCGCUCGCGGACCGUGUGCUGACGGCACCCUUUAUGCGACGGCUGGUCACUCUUUUUCUAGACUCAGGCCUGCUGGUCCGCACGCACCGCGAUUGGACCGACUUGGCAGAAAUCCACUUGGCCCAUCGGCCAUCUGGAGUCUCGCGUAGCGCGGAUAAUUACUUCCAACAAAUCUGCCGGACCAUUGGGUAG